UAUCCUAUUGUUGAAGGCUGUUAUUCUGCAAUGAGCAGCCACUAUCGGGUGUGCAUCGCUUGUUUCGUACUUGCAGUAGUGUGGGAAGUCAGCGCAGCAGGUUGCAAGGUUAACUUGGAAAACGUAGGGGCAAGCCACCAGGUGUUUAUGCUUCCCGAUGACCAAAAUGCCCUGCAGAGCCUCGCUAUGAAGUGCUACUUCUCCGAUUGCGACACGGCCCCGUCGGAGGUGAAAUGGACUAUAGUUCCCCAGCUGCCCGAGGAUGUUGAAGAGGAGGGUUGGUGGUCCCGCAUCCGGUUCACAUCUCUGGGCGAGAACCAUGCCAGUAAAGAUCCUUACCACGUGACCUGCAGCUCUAAGCUGGAUCCAAGCCAAAAUGAGACACUGAGCUUCAAAAUAAAUCGUAAGCCGUAUUUCGUCAACAAUACUAAUGGAUCUCUGACUUUCCGAGUUGGAGAACGUGGAACCAUUGACUUUGGUGUAGUGCCAGGAGUUCCUGAUGUAGGGGACAGGUAUCAUUACUCUAAAAAUGAAGAGAAAGUGAGUGGGACAAAUGGGAAAAUUGUCAUUGAACCCGUGACACGUGACAAUGGAUCAAUUUACAUCUUGAGGUUCCCGGAUAGCUAUGAAACUCGUUCCAUCUCAGUGACAGUGUUUGAAGAACACCAGGUCGUUGCUGCUGUCAGAACAUCAGUAGAAAUAGCACCGUUCCUCGACGGUGACAGAACUUGUCUGCACUGGGAGACCGGAGACAAUGUAACGAACGACAACCCGGAGUUGUACAGUACAUCUGGAACUGUGCUGCGAAUCAAUCGAGUCUCAAGUAAAGACGUGGGGAGAGUUUUCACCUGUGUCGCGAGAGGGUAACGUGAAACUGAAGACAAGACUGCUCAGCAAGGAACAUCUCUCUCUGUGUGUCGAGGGAGAAGAGAAUCAUCUCGUCAUCGACCGUGUGAUAAACGCUACAGUCUGUGAUGGUGGCAGGUCAUGUCUCAGUCUCUCAUGGAGUCUGGAGCACAAGCACAUGCUCAUAGGGGUGACCCAUGUCUACGGUGUCGUUAACUCAUCCAUCGAGUUCGUCAGUAAACUGAAUAUAUUCUGGGAGAAGACCGCAUCUAUAGGGACUAGUGGACUGGUACUGUCAGGAGGGAACUGUGUUCCAAUAUUAGUACUGAUCCCUUUGUCUCCUCCAAUCCUGAUGAUGAUGAUGCUCAGAAAAUCUACGUUGCUUUUGGGGUGUCUCUAGUGCUGUCGGUCAUACUGGGAGUACUACUGGGCUUUGGGCUCUGCUAUCUCUAUAGGAACGUCAUCGCAGAUUAGGCAGAGUUUGUCCGGACCCUGAGAAUGGGAAUGGGGGUAUUCCACCACUCCAUGGACCCCAGCUACCUCCUCCUCCCAACCCAGAUAAUGAGGACCAACCUGCAGACCAGAAUCCUGGGCUUCAAAAUGGAGACAACCCUCCUCCUCAGAAUUCUGACCCCCCAGGCCCACUAAAUAACGGAAACCAGCCCCCGCCCCAGAAUUCUGGCCCCCCAGAACUACCGAGACAACCACCAGCAACGGUUCCCACAUCCCCAAAACCUACCCCAGCAGCCUCCGAGGGAGUUUCCAGCCCCACCACACCACCAGUACCCACUCUCCCCUCCACCUCCUCACAUCCACACCAGCACCCACUCACCUCCAAAACUACUAAAUCAAAUUCAUAGACCAGACUUUUAUACAUCCAUAGACCAUUUUUAAGCUCCCUUUUUUUCACUUUUGAGGCAUUUUGUGUGAAGACAGUCAACAAUAUAGAUUUUUUUUAUAAGUGUGUAAAACACAAUUACUUUGGUUUUCUUAUUCCACCACUUGUAAGACACUGGAGGCGAAUUUUUGCUGGUAAUCAUCUUUGUGAUAAAUUCAACACUUCAAAUUGA